AUGGAUGGCGACUCCAAGGAUCAGGUUGCACAUGGUUACACUGUGAAUAACCAAAAGUUUGAAAAAGAUCAAGCCUAUUUCCGGCGUGUUGGAUUCAAGCCGAUUCAAACACUCUUUCAUUUCACCAAUGGCACCGACCAACACUCGAAUGUCACCUUCCAAUUCUCCCAUCCCAUCGGCAAAGACAAUUUCAUUGUGAUUUUUGGUGACUUUGAAAAUAAGAAUUUCCAGCUCUAUUCGAACAACGAAUUCAACCUGCCAAUGUCGACGCACGAGUGGUAUUUCCUCGAGAGUGGAAAAAUCAAUUCCGAAUAUUCCAACGUGGAAUUCAAUAACUAUAUAAUUUUGGCACCGUUUACACCGGUGACUUCAAUAAAGUUCAGUCUCCGCUCGAAUUGCGAUCCAAACAAACCAUGUAACGGUGUUUCUCUAUACUAUUCAGUGAUCGCUGUUGAGAACUGUCCCAAAGAACUUUUCACCCCCACAAAUGGAAAUAUAAGACCUCCACCAGUUCGAUCGUAUCCUCCAUAUCUUCAUGAUGAUUUCGAUGAGCAUCCAGAACCAUAUGUAGUACCCAAACAUACUCAAACUCCAUUCGAACCUACAUUCUAUCCUAAAAAUUUUACUGAUAGUGCAGACUACGAUGAAAUAACAACGGCUGAAUCAAAUAUAUUAAAUUUUAAUCAUGCGUCUACAACUACCAAUGUUGCUUCGAUACCCUCCACAACUCUUACACCAGCUCCUGUACCAUCACAUAAUCCAACAUCUUCAAGUUCAGGCUCUUCAUCAGAAACUGGUACGGUAACAUCGAAUACCGGUGGAUCUAGUUUUAGUACCGGAUCAGGGACUGCAACAGCAACCAUAAGUGGAACUAGUGGUAGAACGACAACUACCAAUGGUAAUGGAUCUGGUUCUAUUACGUCCACGGCCGCAACCACAACCACUACCAUUUUUGGAGCUAGUACUGGUCCAGGAUCAACGACAUCUAAUGGAAAUGGAUCUAGUGUUGGAUCAACAACUACUAAUGGAGCUGGUCUAUCCUCAUCAACUUCUAAUGGAAAUGGAUCUGGUUCUAUUACAUCCACGGCUGCAACCACAACCAUUAGUGGAGCUAAUACUGGUCCAAGAUCAACGACAUCUAAUGGUAAUGGAUCUGGUGUUGGAUCGACAACUACAACCAGUAUAACUAGUGCUGGUCCUGGAUCAAAUGGUAAUGGAUCUGGUGCUGGAUCAACAACUACCAAUAGUAAUGGAUCUGGAUCAAUAACUACAACUCCAACUGCCAGUAUAACUAGCGCUGGACCUGGAUCAACUACCGCCAAUGGCAAUGGAUCUGGAAAUGGAAAUGGUUCUAAUAAUACACCGACAACUGCAACUGGUACUGGACAUACAACAACAUCCUCUACAGGUUCAAUGGGUACAAAUGGAACAAAUUCCGAUCCAAACAACAUUUGUAGUUGUGAAUCCAAUCAAACACCACUGCAAAAGUUCAAUAUUGGUGGAACUAUAUUUUUGGAUCAUGAUAAUGACAAUGAGAUCACUCCAUCCGAUACCAAAGUUCCCAAUACAACAUUGAUAUUGACCACUGAUAAAGGUGUUUACUUGCGAUCGACCCAAACCAACCCAGAUGGAAUCUAUCGUUUCGAUGAGAUUCCAAAUGGAGAAUACAUGUUGAACAUCGACAAGAGUACAAUUCCAUCUCACACUCAGAUUCGUCCAUUGAAAUUCGAUAUAUUUGGACAACUGAGAAUCAGUAUCAUCAAGAACCAAUUCGAUUUGAAUGCCAUUCUGUAUCCAUUGCCUACUGCAAUCGUGGGUCAAAUGUCGAUUGCAUCGUCAUCGAUGGAUAAAUCCGAUAAGCCAUGGUCCAAUGUCAUAGUACAACUUAUCAACUCUGAAACCAAAAAAGAAAUGGCCGUUACCUCCACCAAUGAAUUUGGUUACUAUUAUUUCGAUAACUUGAAUCCUGCCAAGUAUAUUGUUAAAUUGGAUGCCAGUCAACUUCCAGCGAAUCAUACUUUUAUGGACGUUUCACCAUUCUCUAAAUUCAAUCUCCACGAUGGAGUCGGUAUGUUUGAGAUUCAAGUCAAUGAAAAACAUCCAGAUUUUAAGCCAUCACAACUAGGAGCACCAGUCAAAGCACCGUUUACCAUUGGACAACAAAAUGGUUACAUAAGCUUGUUUAAAUAUGACAUCUAUGGCUAUAUCUUUGAUGAUAACGAUGGCGAUGGUUAUUUCACUCCACAAAAUGGUAUUGCCAAUACCACUGUCCAACUACUUGAUCUUUACACCAAUGUUACAAUGAUGUUGAGCGUCACAGACAAAGAUGGAAAGUUCCAUUUUACAAAUUUAGAACGUGGAUCCUAUGUCAUUGAAGUGAAGAAACAGCAUUCCACUUUGGAUCUUUUCUGGAUUCCAUUCUAUACCAACGAUUUCGGCAGCAAUGGAAGAAUAGAAGUUGAUUUUAAUCAAUUCGAAAAGAAUGACAAUAGGAAUGAAACAUUCAGUGGUGCACUCAUCAAGCGAUACAAUGGUCUGUUGCGAACGGAAGACUAUACUGUUAGGGGAUUGUUGUCUCUGGAAUUCCCAUGUCCAAAGUUUGACCUGUCCAAUAUCACUGUGAAUCUGGUCGAUAGAAGGAAUAGAAUCUAUAAAUCCACCGUUACCAAUAGAGAAGGUCGUUUCCAUAUUCCACAUAUCAUCUCCAACUCUUAUUUCAUUCAGAUCGUUAACACUACACUUCCAGGAAAUACUUCAUUUUUGGCCGGUGGAAAAGAAAAUACUUUCAAUCGACGUGGUGAAUUGGCUAGUUUUGUUAAUAUAUUUAAUGUAGUAUACUCUGCUGUGAAAUGGCCAUCAACAACAGAAACAUCGAUAUACUCCUCCGUUGACUUUAAUGCAACACUCUCACUUGCUCUGACUCAAAAUUUUACUGUUACCGGUCGUCUAAUGAUGGACACCGAUCGAUCAAAGAAUAUCUCUGCUGUGGAUAUUCCAUGGAAAAAUGCCAGUGUUUUCCUUAUUGGUGAAGAAAAUACCAAGAAUCUAUUGAUGACCACUGCUACCAACAACGAUGGUGUCUACACCUUUGUCAACGUACCACAAGGAACCUACACGAUUAGAACCGAUCCAUCACAAUGUCCAUCCGGCAUGGUCUAUCUGGAGAAUAGUGAAUUUUCAUCGUUUGUUUCAUCUAAAGGUUGGCGUGGUGGUGCCAUUCCAUUGACCGUUUUCGACGACCCAGUUUGUAGAGAUAUCAAUGAAACAGAUCCAUGGGAAAACACCAACUUUACCAUUAGAAUCAAGGAUGCACUCAUCGUUGAAGAAACAUUUGAAAUCAAUGGAAAAAUAUAUCACGAUGACAAUAACAAUGGUUUAGUUGAAUACGAUGAAAUACUGUUUGGUAUCAAUGUAUCUUUGUACAACCAGACCAAUAUGGAACUGAUUAAAACUACACAUACUAUGCCAUCUCGUGGAAAUGGAUAUAUAUUCUCCAACCUCUAUCCUGGAUUCUAUUUGAUCAAAGCUGGACCACAAGGAAUUCCAGAUGGAUCGCAAUGGGUGUCCAAUCAAUUGAGUUGGUUCAAUGAAACUGGUUAUGCUUUCGUAGAAGUCAGUCAUUCCAAUUGGAUCUUCAACAAAAUAUGGGAUCACAAUGAAAGUCGUAGUAACGACAGCUACUCAACAACGUUCAAUGGUGAAGUGAAGCUGCCUGAUUACAUGGUGCAAGGUGUCGUAUGUAUCUAUCCAAUCGAUAAACUUGAAAAUGUAUCGGUAUCUCUGCUUGACAGCAAUAAGAACCGUGUUGCCACGGCCACUACCAACGCAACCGGUUGGUAUGUCUUCAAUCACAUUCGCCCGAGUGGAGUCUACACUGUAAAGAUAGACGCUGAAACACUACCAAAGAAUGUGAGCUUUAUGCACCCAGAUUAUAAACAUACAUUCUUUGAAUUGGAUGGAACCUACACACUGCCUUUGUAUCCAAACAACCCAGUCCUAGAAAAAUCACCUUGGCCAACCAGUGACACCCUUGAUAUUUCAAUGUAUAACUAUUGGCAUCUGCUAUCAUUCGUCGACUAUCAGGAUGCAACUGAGAACGAUCGAUUCGAACUUACAGGUCGACUACUGCAAAUUCCCUACGACGCCAAAGGCAAUCAAUCGACUAUUCCAUGGGUUGACAUACCAAUUAAAUUGUUGAACUACAGCAACAAGUACCAAGUUCUUCAGAGCACUCAAACAGAUCAAGAUGGAUCCUAUGUGUUUGACAACCUACCUGGUGGACCAUAUUAUGUCUCUAUCGAUCCAUCGAGUAUUCCAAGUGGAUACAACCUACAGUCCAAUGAUGACGCCACCUAUGUAGUGGAUAACACCUAUAAACCUGGAACAUUCCGAUUUGUCGCUUCAAAACUACAUAAGAGUGCUAUAGAACUAACGACCAAUCGUUUUAUCAAUCGAAUUUCCGAUUCCAUUUUAUCAUAUGGACCACAAAAAAAAAUUAUUAAUAAUUUUAAACCAAAUUAA